AUUACGGAAGUUCUUCCGGUGGUCGUGUACCCUACUUCCGCUCGGCCCCGACACGCCACUGUUGAAUCUUUUACAUGCGCACUCGAGUCAUUUGAACAGGGCGGAUGAUUAUGAUGGAGCGGUAAAGUUCACGAUGUGUGUUACCUGUGCGGAGGUUUGGAAUAAACACAUAACAGACAGCAGCUAACCCACGUAUGGCCUGCGAGUCGGCUUUCCCUGCCAUCAUGGACGAGCAGGCCCUUAUGGGACUGAACCCCAAUGCUGACGCCUGCUACAGGCAGAGAGCGCUGGUGUAUUUCGAGCAGUUGAAAGAGUCUCUGGACGGUUGGGAGGUUUGUGCUGGAGCUCUGGUUAAAGGUCUUUACAGUGAUGAUCACGUGAAGUUCUUCUGCUUUCAAGUGCUGGAACACCAGAUCAAGUUCAGACAUGGCUCUCUGACUGGUGCUCAACAGCAGCUGAUCAGAGAGACUCUCAUGAAGUGGCUACAGUCUCAGCUGAUGAACAUUCAGCCUGAGAAGCCCUUCAUCAGGAAUAAAGCUGCUCAGGUUCUGGCCCUCACGUUUGUUACGGAGUAUCUGACUCACUGGCCCAAGUUCUUCUUUGACAUUCUGGCACUGGUGGGGCUGAACCCGAACGGUGUGGACAUCUACCUGCGGACGCUCAUGGCCAUAGAUGGUGAAGUGGUGGAUCGAGACAUUUUGCACGGACCUGAGGCAACACGCAGAAACACGCUGAUCAAAGACAACAUGCGUGAGCAGUGCAUCCCCGCACUGGUGGAGUCCUGGUUUCAGAUCCUUCAGACGUACCAGCAAACACACAGCGAGCUGACUUGCGCAUGUCUGGAGGUGGUGGGAGCCUACGUGUCCUGGAUCGACCUCAACCUCAUCGCCAAUGACAGGUUUGUGAACGUGUUGCUCAGUCACAUGUCUAUGGAGGAGCUGCGUGAGGAGGCCUGUGACUGUCUCUUUGAGAUCGUCAAUAAGGGAAUGGAUCCUGUAGACAAAACCAAACUGGUGGAGUCUCUGUCUCAAGUGCUGGAGUCUGCCGGCUUCUUUAACGUCCAGCAGGAGGAGGAUGUGGACUUUCUUGCGAAGUUCUCUCGAUUGGUCAACGGCAUGGGUCAGUCUCUGGUGCUGAGCUGGACGAAACUCGGUAAGACGGGCGAUGGGAAGGUUGCCACGGAUACGCUACGUUCUCUGGAGGCGAAGGUCCCGCUGAUGCUACAGCUGCUAAUUCAUGAAGAUGACGAUAUUUCAGCGAACAUCGUGGGCUUCUGUUACGACUACCUGCAUGUGCUCAAACAGCUUCCGGCUCUCAGUGAUCAGCAGAAGAGCAACAUUGAGGCGAUCAUGCUCGCUGUGAUGAACAAACUGAAGUAUGAUGACGAGUAUAACUUUGAGAACGAGGGUGAAGAUGAGGCCAUGUUUGUUGAGUACAGGAAACAGUUAAAGAUGCUGCUCGACCGACUAGCCCAAGUGUCUCCAGAACUUCUGCUGGAGUCUGUGCACAGAGUCUUCAACAACACAAUGCAGAACUGGCGUGCGGUGGCGUUCAUGGAGGUGGAGGUGGCCAUCAGACUGCUGUACAUGUUGGGAGAAGCUCUUCCAGCGUCACACGGAGCUCAUUUCUCUGGAGAUGUAGCUAAAGCCAGUACACUGCAGGCCAUGAUGAGAACGCUAAUCUCCUGUAGUGUCAGUGAGUAUCAGCAUUCAUCUGUCAGUCUGGAGUUCUUCGAGACUGUCGUCCGCUAUGAUAAAUUCUUCCUAGUGGAACCGCAGCACAUUCCCAACGUCCUGAUGGCCUUUUUAGAUCAUCGUGGUCUGAGGCACAGCAGUCCAAAGGUCCGCAGUCGAGUGGCUUACCUGUUCUCACGCUUCAUAAAAACUCUGCAUAAACACAUGAACGCGUUUAUCGAGGACAUUCUGAGCAGAAUACAGGACCUGCUGGAGCUCGCACCUCCGGAGAACGGUUUUCCAGCUCUGCUCAGCAGUGAUGAUCAGCUCUUCAUGUUUGAGACGGCUGGUGUCUUGAUCGUGAGCGGAGAGAGUCCGGCCGAGCGUAAGCAGGCUCUGAUGCGCAGUCUCCUGUCGCCUCUGAUGGAGGCUUUUCGUAUGCUGCUCGCAAAACUGGCUCAGGAGACCGAUGAAGAGAGACAGACGGUGCUGGCCGACUGCUUGAGUCAUGCUGUGGGCUUUGCCAGUCGCACCAGUAAAGCGUUCAGCAAUAAGCAGACGGUGAAGCAGUGUGGCUGCUCCGAGGUUUAUAUGGACUGUCUGCAGACCUUCCUGCCUUCUCUCAGCUGUCCCGUCCAGCGGGGGGCGCUGCGCAGCGCCGUGCGCUCAUUUUUGCACCGCAUGAUCAUCUGUCUGGAGGAAGAGGUGCUGCCUUUCAUCCCUGCCGCAUCUCAACACAUGCUGAAAGACUGCGAGCCCAAAGAUCUGCAGGAGUUUAUUCCUCUUAUAAGUCAGAUCACGGCCAAAUUCAAGAACCAGGUGUCUCCCUUCCUGCAGGAGGUCUUCAUGCCUCUGGUGAUGGCUAUAUUUGAGGUGUUGUCUCGUCCAGCGGAGGAGAACGAUCAGACGGCUGCGUUGGAGAAGCAGAUGCUGAGACGAAGUUACUUCAGCUUUAUUCAGACCAUCGCCAGCAGCGGGAUGAACGAGGUCAUGGCCAGACAAGGUGCUGAAAAUAUCGAGCGUGUGCUGUUCACCAUCAUUCAGGGAGCUGUGGACUUCCCAGACCCCGUCGCUCAGAAAACCUGUUUCAUCAUUCUCUCCAGACUGGUGGAGCUCUGGGGUGGAAAAGACGGUUUGGUGGGAUUCCCAGAUUUCAUCUAUAAGCACAUAGUCCCAGCAUGCUUCAUGGCCCCUCUCAAACCGACCUUUGACCUUUCAGACGCUCAGACUGUUCUGGCACUGUCUGAGUGCACACUGACUCUGCACAUGAUUCAUCUCAAGAGAGGUCCAGAGUGUGUUCAGUUUCUUCAGGAGUAUCUGCCCUCUCUACACGUCUCACCUGAGAUCACACAGGAACUGUGUCAAGUACUUCAGCAGCCGGACGUCAAGGUUCUGAAAAAUUACAUGAAGGCUUUCUUCCAACAGGCCAAACUUUAAAACUGGAAUCGUCUGGUGGAGCGUUUCAGGAGCUCAGCCGUUACUUCCAGAACACCACAACAGAGCUUAGCAUAGGAGCUACUUUUGCACUUAAAGAGAAGCUUAACCACACCCAUCCUGUCUGCGGGAAACGGACCCACAACAGGAGUCACGUGGGGAUUGUCAGUCACGGUGACCAUGCCCCUACACCGACCUUGGCCCAAUCAGAGUCGUGCUCUCCAUGUGGGAUAAAUCGCCUGGACUGAAGAGGUGGAACUACGCGCCAAGACGGAGAGUCAAUGGCAGGUGGGGUUUGUGAGGGUGGAGCUUCAGUCUUGGACAGGAUUUCAAAGGAAAGUCAGAAGUUAAAUGGUUUCCUAUUGAAUUGGCAGAAAAAUACAGUUUUGGGAAUGUUUUGAUCUAAAUCUUACGGAAGUUAGAGGUUAGCAGGAUGGAUUUGAUGAAAGGUUUAUUUUAUUUUGUUGUUUUGAAUCGGGGGAUGUUUUUUUUUAUUUCAGUAUAAGGGCCGGUUUAAGACUGUGUAUUUAAAUGUUACAUAAAAAUAAAAAAAAAUCGUAUAUAGUGGAGAGUAGCUUUUAGUUUGAAGUGAUGAGGUUAACAUGGAAGUGCUCUUGAUCAGAGUUUAACGGCAUCUGUUUUGGGUCUUUUUUAAUAUAGUUUUUGUUCUUAAAUUCUUUGUAGCCGGCUAAAUUAUCAGACAGCAACCACCCUCUCCCAUCUUUUCGAAACAGCACAAUUUUCAGUUGGUCCUUCACGUUUUGAUAAUGAUUUGCAAUCCGUUAUUUGAAAUAUGCAAUGUUAAAAACUGUGAAAAUUCUUCAGCGAGGUUUGAUCUCUUGAUCCGCAGUGUGUGAUGUUUUCAGUGUGUGUACAGUACGUUUUGAGCAGGUCUAUCAUUAAAUCUCAUUGUAAGAUGUUAAGACUGACAGAAUUAGAAAUUAUUGACAAUCUGGAUUGUAUUUCGAGUCUUCUCGCACACUGCAUGUCCAUCAUUGCACAGUUCCACGUGUUGAGAACGUUUAGGCCUGAACAUUUGUGUUACCUGUAAGAUGGUGGUUCAUCUCUCACAUCAUUGAUCUGUCACUCACAUUGGCUUUAAAGUCAUAAUUCACUCAAAAAGGAAAUUCUGCUAUAACUAACUCACCCUCUGGUCAUUUGAAACCUGUAUGACUCUUUCUUCCGCAGUACAAAAAUAUAUAUAUACACUUUUUUUGUAGAAUGUAGAUAGGCAAUACAAGUGAAAGUGCACUGUUGCAGUUCAGUUACCAACAUACUUCAGUAUAUCUUUUUUGUGUUCUACGCAAGUAAGAGAGCGAUACAGGUUUGAACUGACAAAAGAGCGAGUAAAUGAUGACAGAACUUUAAUUUUUGUGGAAAAUACCACUUAAAAAAAAUGAAAAUCCCCAAAACGAAACAUAGGAAGCACUUUGCCAUGAACUGAAAUGUAAUUUCUAUAAUGAAAUCGUUUUCUGCUUGUAAUGAUACAUUAAUGCACCAGUCCUGCUCCUUAAAACCCACUGCAUUCAUGCCAAAUAAGAGAAAGACAGAUGGAAACUUUGUGUAAACCUGAUUUAUUUUUUGAUAUGCUGGGACAUGCCCCCACUUUCCCCUUUGUAGAUUUGUUUUGUCAUGACCAAUAAAGUGUUUACUAAUCUCA